AUGACAUUUCGUGCGUGGAAUGUGCGCACCCUACUCGAUAAUGACCAUAAUCUGUGUCCAGAACGCAAGACCGCAAUCGUAGCUCGUGAACUGGGACGGCAUAAGAUAGAUAUAGCUGCGCUUAGUGAAUCUCACUUGACGGAUGAAGGCGAGCUCGAGGAACACGGUGGUGGUUAUAAGUUCUUCUGGAAAGGUACACCGGCUACAGAACCCAGACGCUCUGGUGUUGGAUUUGCAAUCAGCAUGCAGAUUGUUAAUAGACUGGAAGAGAGUCCACAAUACAUCUCGAAUCGUAUCAUAUCUUUGCGUCUACAUUUGACAAAUUCAAGAUAA